AAGGUAAAAAUCACUCUCUCUGUGCUCUUUUUAAAUCCCUCAGAUUUUAUAUUUUACUGCUCCAAGAGUCUGCCUCUCUGAGUUUCUUGCAUAGACCAGUUAUUUCCCUCUGUAAGGAAACUGUUUAGUUUGUCCUUGCCUGGUUUGGAAGGAUCCAAGGGAGGCAGUUCUUGCAGCCCUGUCUCUCUUCCACUCCCCUCCUCCCCGAGUCCUGGCUGGAGCAGCUAGUCUGUCAAUCUCAGGCGAGAGACAAGGUGGACAAAGGUCCACUUGUAAAGAACCUCCUUCCAGCACCUCCUCUCUUCUCCUUUUGCCCAAACUCACCCAGUGAAUUGGAGCAUUUAAGAAGAUUCCUCUGCCAAGAAGACCAAAAGGAAAGAAGAAAAGGGGGCCAAAAGCCAAAAUGAAAUUUACAGUACUUGCUGUCACCGUUGCGCUAACUUUGCUGCUAGGAGUUCAAGCCAUGCCUGCAAAUCGCCUGUCUUGCUACAAAAAGAUACUGAAAGAUCGCAACUGUCACAACGUUCCGGAAGGAGUAGCUGACCUGACAAAGAUGGAUGUAAACGUCCAGGAUCAUUUCUGGGAUGGGAAGGGAUGUGAGAUGAUCUGUUACUGCAACUUCAGUGAAUUGCUCUGCUGUCCAAAAGAUGUCUUCUUUGGACCAAAGAUCUCUUUUGUGAUUCCUUGCAACAAUCACUGAGAAUCUUCAUGUAUUCCGGAGAACACCAUCCCUCAUUUCCCAAAAACUGCACUAUAUAAGUGUAACUGCAUUUCUAGUUUCUAUGCAGUGCAAUAAAGCAGAUUCUAUAAAUUCUUACUUGUCUAGGACAAGUAAACUUGUGUUAAGUAGUAAUAAAAAUUAAUUCAAUUUAA